AUGGGUGAGCUGAAGCAGUACAAGCGCGCGGACGUUGCGUCCCGCAAUGGACAGAACAACAACCCCGUGUGGAUCAUUUACAAGGACUCCGUUUAUGACGUCACCAGUUAUGUCAGCCAGCAUCCAGGCGGAGACGUGAUACUAGAAGAAGCCGGCAAGGAUGCCACAAAAGCAUUUGACGAUGUCGGCCACUCGUCCGACGCUAGAACAAUUUUAGACAAGUAUAAAAUUGGGGAAAUUGUUGAGGAAGAGAAACUUUACGACGCAAGCGGUAAAAAGAAAAAGCGAGUGAUCGCCGCGCAACCCGACACGGAGACCAGAAGUUGUCUCAAUAAAUGCACCUGCGGGCUACUCGGAUAG